AUGGACAGAGACGACGCAAACUUGAUUGGGGCAUUGCUGGAUGAGCUUGACCUACGGGAUGCUCAAGCUCCGAGUUUUGACAGCUUUUCUGAUCUGUCCGCAUCGCCCCUCUUUUCUCUUCCAUCGCCAGCUCAGGCGCAAGCUCUACCAGCUCGGCUACGAGAUCUACGGAUACAAGCGGGCUCGAAGGUGCUGGUAUAUGCCAUAUGCGAGGAUCAACCAUCUUGUUCCGCGAAACGACCCCCUUCCGCCGACAACCUUCCCUCUUCCAUACACCCCGACUACUCCCUUCAGACAGGCAAUGACUUUCUGCUGGUGACCGACGACGACGUCGGCUUCUACGUCGAUCGAGAUUUUCUCCUGUGUCACUCUGAACUCUUCCAUGAUUUCGAAAAUAUGGCGUGCGAUAUCAGCAACAAAGACGCGAUUGGCGAUUGCAUCAAGAGCAGUGUCGUACGCAGAGAUAUGCCCGGAGCGCUGUCAAAAGGUUUACGAGUUGUCUUGCUCAACAGCGCCGAUACCGAUAGCACGUGGCCAGACUUUCACGACUUCGACAACGAAUCGGAUUGGUCUCCUCAACGCCAAACAUGGCCGUACACCCUCGAAGACCUAGCCCUCGCUAUCAAGAUCGCCAACCAGUACGGCUUCACCUCAUUCUCCUCCCAGGCUCACUCGAAAGCCCCAAGAAAGUCUCUCUGGUUUCAGUACCUCCUCGCAGCAUUCGAAUCCGACGAAAGAGGGGCAAAUGCGAUUGCAAAGUCGACUUUAUACUUCAACCUCGAGACAUGCUGUCCACUGGCCCUCCUGUCCAUUCUCGACAAACACAACGCCCCAUACGCUACCCUUCUCAGAGACAUACACGACUUUGUCCUUCUUCAAAGGAUUUAUAGGUCUCAUAGAUAA